AUGUCCAAGGAGAGCGGCCGCCUGCUGGUGUGGGGUAACAACAACGUCGGUCAGCUUGGCCAGGGUCACACAGAUGAUGUGAAUGAGCCAACUGUGCUGGUGGCCCGUCGUCGGCGGAUCCUUUCCUGCGACGGAAGUGCCCAAUUCACCAUCCUGGUGGCCACCGAGCCCGAGUCCGAGGAUGAGGACGAUUAA